GUUUACAGCAGAGUGGAGUUGAAGUUGAAGCAGUAGCACCAAUUCGGGACCGAGGUGAACUGUUACAGUCACAUUUUUAUCUCAGUGUCGAAUACCCCAAAUACAGCAAUCAUGGUUGCUAUGGCGAAGAGGGUGAAAACCUUUCAGAUUAUCUUUACGGACCCCAGUAAGACUUUUUACUGCGGCGGGGAGAAGGUGUCCGGUCGGGUAGAGGUGGAAGUGAACGAGAUCUCCCGUGUGUCCGCAGUGAAGGUGCUUUUUCUGGGCAACGCCAAGGUGGAGUACGCUAAAGGCAAGCAGCGGUGCAAGCAGCAGGCCGAGUACCUCCGACAUGAAGAGGUGCUGCGACUGGACGACCAGCCAACGGACUCUGAUGGAUCCGUCGUCUUAAGGCCUGGAAACAAAUAUGAGUACAGCUUUGGAUUUGAGCUCCCCCAUGAAGGACAGCUGGUGUCUUCAUACAAGGGGAAGUUUGGCUAUGUCCAGUACUAUGUGAAGGCUCUGAUGGAGAGGCCGCAGCAGCCCGUCUUAGAGUGUAAGAAAGCUUUUGAGGUGGAGGAGCCCCUGGAUGUCAACACCCCAGACCUGCUGUCUCCCACAGGUGGCAUGAAGGAGAAGAAAGUUACAUGCAUGUUCAUUCCUGAUGGCCAGGUGUCAUUGAAUGCAAAAAUCGACCGCCGUGGCUUCUGCGAAGGCGAAGACAUCUGCAUCAAUGCUAAGUUUGAGAACACCUGCUCCCGCAUUGUGGUGCCCAAAGCCGCCAUCAUUGCCAAACACACCUACCAGGCCAAUGGCCGCACUAAGAUCUUUCGGCAGAAGCUGUCUUCGGUGCGUGGCAACCACAUCAUCUCCGGCAUGUGCGAUGCCUGGCAGGGAAAGACCAUCAGGGUGCCUAAGAUCAAACCAUCCAUGCUGGGCUGCAACAUAAUCCGUGUGGAGUACGCUCUAAUGAUUUACAUCCACAUUCCUGGCAGUGAGAAGCUGAUCCUGGAGCUGCCUCUGGUCAUUGGUACUGCUGGUCUCGGUAGCCGCAGCAACAGCGUGAGCAGCCAGGACAGUUCGAUCAGCAGCACCUCACAGAGCUGGGUGUCCCUCAGGAUGCCAUCUGAACCUCCCAGCUACUGUGACAUCACUCGAGACUGCCGCCUGGACCAGCCUCUCACGCCGCUCCUGGACGAUUUCGAUGGUGAUGAAAGUCCGAUCUUCAUGAACGCUCCAGCCUUCCCGUUCCCGCCACCUCCGGCCUACAGUGAGGCUGAGGAGGAGUUCAAUGGCAACGCUCGCAUGCUGCCGGUCUGCUGAAGUCCAGCAGAGAGUUUGUAACUGAGGUCCAGUUCUCAGGGACCAUUUAUUCGAAGCACUUGAAAGGGAGCAGAAGGUCCAAACUCCAGAGAUGUGUUGGAUAGAGGAGUAAAGCCGGGACUUUGGAGAUGGACAGAAAGAGGCUCUGUUCGCUGUCAUCGCUGUGCUUCAUCACCUACGCUGUUCCUGACACUUCCUGCUGGUGCUCUUCAGGUCAUUGAUCUGAGAGUCGAGCCACAGAAGCUGAAGCGCUACAUUUCUAACUAAGCUGUCCCUUCCAGAGACUCAAACUUUUAGGGUCUCGCUGUCCAAUUGCAGCCACUUUGUGACUUGUUUUUGAAGUCAAGCAUUGUUGCAUUGUCAGCCCUCAGCUCAUGUGACAUCUUUGCUGCUUUAGGGUUUGUUUUUUCCACAUGAUGCUUUGUCAUUCCUGUAAAAACCCUGAACUUUUAAGGGAUUUCACGAGAGUAAUCAUUCUUGUAAAGUCCAGUCAGUUUGCGUUGCUAUCAAGACUUUAUCAGGAAUAUUGUUGCCUUUGAGAAUUUCAGCAUGUACAAUAAUCUUCCUUGGGUGCAGCAUAUAUAUUUUCUUAUGUGCCAGCGGUUGAAAAGUUCCUGUAUUUUAUUGCACUUUUGAUUGAUGCAUUUUGCUUUACUACUGCCUACAAGAGUUUUUGUUUGUAAAGUUUUGUUCAAGUGAUGUAUUUGAUGUGUAGAGGGAUUUUUCUGUCGGUGAAACUCUCACCUUUGAGUUCCAAAUCCCAGCUUGGUGAUUGAUUGAUCCAUACAACACGGACGCUCCAACAUCAUGGAACGCUUCUUAUGUGAGGAUAAUCAUUGUCACCGUUCUGCAGUUGUCUCAGACAACAUUCUACUACGAGAUGUCCACUGUGGUUGUUUCACAGCUGUUCUAUCAGCGCACAAUCAAUGUUAAAGACUGAUUUGAGGGAAAGUAUGUUUGCAAUGCAUCCUUGGCACUUAAACCAAGUAUUUUUUUAUGAAACCCUAUGGGUUGUUUUUUUUAUUAAAGAAAUGUUGAAAAAUA